AUUUUUAUAAAUCGACAGAAAAUAAAAAUAAAAAAUAGAGCUUUUAUCUUCACCGUUGGCUUCACUCGAGGGAGGAAAGGUAACUACUACCGCUUGCUUGGUUCACAAUCACAGACAGACUCGAGAGGAGACUGUGAGGAUGAGGAUAAUCUCAAUGGCCUCCACCAUCCGACCUUCCUUGCUAGGCUGCGUCUCUGCAUCUCCUCGCUUCCCCGUCGUCUCCAGGAAUCUCUCUCGCUCCACCCUCUCUUUCUCCCAUGUUACUCAGUCAAAGCUUUUGACUUUGAGAAGAAGCGUAAGCUGCUUAGGAGUAGCUGAAUCUGGAAACGCAAGCACGGCCGCUACUGAAGAGGAUCUUCUCAAGUGGGUCAAAGAUGACAACAGAAGAAUGCUUCACGUCGUUUACCGUGUUGGCGAUUUGGACCGGACUAUUAAGUUCUAUACGGAAUGUCUUGGAAUGAAGCUUCUACGCAAGCGUGAUAUACCGGAAGAGAAGUAUACAAAUGCUUUUCUUGGUUAUGGUCCUGAAGAUUCACAUUUUGUCAUUGAGCUCACUUAUAAUUAUGGAGUUGACAAGUAUGACAUUGGGGCAGGUUUUGGUCACUUUGGUAUUGCUGUCGACGAUGUGGCGAAAACUGUGGAACUUAUAAAAGCGAAAGGGGGCAAAGUAACAAGGGAGCCUGGUGCUGUCAAAGGUGGCAAAACUGUUAUCGCAUUCAUUGAAGAUCCUGAUGGUUACAAAUUUGAACUCUUGGAGAGAGGUCCUACACCAGAACCUCUUUGCCAAGUUAUGCUCCGUGUUGGUGAUCUUGACAGGUCCAUCAAAUUCUACGAGAAGGCUUUUGGAAUGGAACUUCUGCGCACAAGAGACAACCCAGAGUACAAGUACACAAUAGCUAUGAUGGGAUAUGGUCCAGAAGACAAAACUGCAGUCCUAGAGCUGACAUAUAACUAUGGUGUCACUGAAUAUGAUAAAGGGAAUGCUUAUGCUCAGAUUGCGAUAGGGACGGAUGACGUGUACAAAACCGCAGAGGCUGUAAAACUCUUUGGUGGGAAAAUCACGAGGGAACCUGGUCCCUUACCAGGUAUAAGCACAAAGAUCACCGCAUGUUUGGAUCCAGAUGGUUGGAAGUCGGUGUUUGUGGACAACGUUGAUUUUCUCAAAGAACUGGAGUGAGAGGAGAAAGGAGACCACCAGAAUGGCUAGUUUCAUAGCUAUGAAGGAAACCGGAGGAUGCGUUGUUUGUCUUACAUCAGUUGGGGUUUCAUAUAUCUAUCUUUGAGUGGGAGUGUUUAGUUUGUUCAAAGUGAAUGAUAUUUUUCAGUCUAGUGUAGUUAUUCUACAGGAUGCCCCAUGUUGCGUCUUGUUUUUCAGAUCUACUUAUACCAUAUUACCGCUGAAAUAAGAUGAUAAAUGAAUGAUCAA